AUAUCGAACGUGUAUUUCUCAAGGCACUUCUUCGAGUGCUGGAUAAAUCCGAAAAUAAUUCGGGUACUGUAAUAUUUGUCGAGGAGAUAAUUUCCUCGAUUUUAGGCUCCGAUCCGUGGAAGAGGCUGCCAAGAUGGCGGUGAUCUCUAAUUAUUGGGGUCUCGAUGGGAUUAUCCUUCUCUUCGCCGCCAUUGUUGCGGCGUACUUCUACAUGACGAGGAAGUUCAAUUAUUGGAGGAAACGCGGCGUUUUGGAGGUCCCACCUUCCCCCUUUCUCGGGAAUUAUUCCGAUUGUUUGUUUAUGAAGAAAUCCCCGGGGGAGUUCCUCAAGGAUCUUUAUGACAGAGGAGAGGGGGCCGAUUGUGUUGGGUUUUAUAUUUUUGACAAGCCCGCCUUGCUUGUCAGGGACCCUGGGUUGAUCAAGCACAUCCUUAUCAAAGACUUCAACUACUUCAUGGACAGAUUUGUCACCUCCGGGGAAGAUGACAGACUUGGUGCUGCCAACGUCUUCCUCCUUAAGAGUCCUGCCUGGAAAACCGUCAGGACCAAGUUGUCACCCAUUUUCACCUCCGGGAAGCUGAAGAAGAUGUUCGAGCUGAUGACUGAUAUCAGCGAAGACCUUCAUACGUACCUCGAGUCUUGCAAUUUAGAAGGUGAAGGACGAGUUAUGGAACUAAAAGACGUCUGCGCAAAGUUUACCACAGACCUGAUCACCACGAUUGCGUUUGGUGUUAGAGAGAACUCCUUGAACAAUCCUGAUGCCGAAUUUCGCAAAUGGGGAAAACGGAUGUACUCUUUCACCGUUUUACGGGGGUUUGAGUUGACGUCGCUUUUCUUCAUCCCCAAGCUGGCAAAGUCGCUUAAUUUCUCAUUUUUCGAGGAAGGCAACACGAGAUUCCUCACGUCCACUUUUUGGAGCACCAUAAACGAGCGCAUCAAGUCAGGUGCUAAAAGAAACGACUUAAUCGACCUUCUGAUACAGCUGAAGAACAGCGGACAAGAAAACCGCAUAUUCCUAAUCAACAACAAUGGNGAUGGGGAUGAUUUGGUAGCCCAAGCUGCAGUAUUCUUUACAGCUGGUUUCGAAACGUCAUCAACGGCAAUUUCCUUUACUCUCUACGAACUGGCCUUGCAACCAGAGAUCCAAAACCGGCUCAGAAAAGAAAUCCACGAGGCUCUAGAAGAGAAUAAUGGAGAAAUAACCUACGAAAUGGUGGUCAAUCUUCCUUAUCUGGACAUGGUGGUUUCGGAAACUCUGAGGAAGUUCCCACCGUUACCACUUUUGGACAGAGUAACGGCUGCAGAUUAUAAAGUCCCGGACAGUAAUUUGAUAAUCGAGAGAGGUACACCGAUUUUCAUCCCAUUGCUGGGACUUCACGCGGAUCCCGAGUAUUUUCCAAAUCCCGAGCUAUACGACCCUGAGAGAUUUUCCGAUGUAAAUAAAAGAGCUAGAAAACCUUGCAUCUAUAUGCCCUUCGGCGACGGACCCCACAACUGCAUCGGUCUUCGGCUGGGACUUAUACAAAGUAAACUGGGCCUGAUCAAUAUAUUAUCCAAAUACGCAGUGUCCGUCUGUGAAAAAAUGCCAGUCCCCCUCAAAUUGAAUCCUAAGGGAUUAAUAACCACAUCAUUAGAUGGAAUAUUUCUAAAUAUGCGGAAACUGACAACCGAGGCUAGCUGAUAACAUCGAAUGCAAAAAGGAUGCAAAUAAUCAUCGACUGAGAGACCCUUCGAACCGGUGAUCUGACAAAAUUUUUACAUUUCAUCGAACUGUUCAACAUUCGUUAUAUAUGUAACGAUGCUAUUGAUUGAACACAAAGAGAAAUGUAAUUUCUCAGGGUGAACUUUCAACUGUCUCUCGUGUGAAUACAUAAUUAUCCAAUUAUCAGUUAUACAGUAUCGUAAUCAUUGAGCUGUGAUUUAUUCUUAAAGCAGGCAUUACUCCGAGUGUAACACCCAGUAGUCAUUUAAUGUGAUAAAGACACUAUAUGUAAUUCAUUUUUAUUUCCUAUGAAUUCAGUAAUGCAUUGAUUAAAAGAAUGCAUCAUUAACAAUAUUUGUCGAAGUUGAGCUGUAUAUAAUAAAUAUUAAUACUUCGU